AUGUCUAGGCUCUUGUUGGCAUCGAAGGUCGCAGAAUCUCAUAAUUUUCCCUUCUGGAAUGCUGAUCAACUUACGAAAACUAAAGAAGGGUUGCCAGUUUUUGUGUGGGAUUGUGAUACAAAGACUGAACAUGAGAUGGUUUUCAGGCAAUGGAACAAGGGUGCCAAUGUGCUCAUCAAGAAUUGGGUCAUGGACUUUGUGAAGAGGCGGGAACUGAAGCUUGGUGAUGAAAUUGGCCUUUACGGGGACAGUUGCAGUUCAAGAUUCAAAUGUUCUGUUCUUAACCGAGCUGCAAGAAGCAAUGAGAACACUGACAAUCUUGUUGGGAAGAGCCAGUGA